AAGUGACCGGAUGGCAGAGUAACCAAAGCAGGACAUUCUGACAGCAUUGGGAAAGCUUUUCAAUUUUAUUUUUUUUACGAUAGCUUGGAUAUAAAUAUAAAUGUACAAACCCAUUUUAAUACUAUAAUAAUAUGUAUCACUUUAUUAGUUGGUCACAUUAUAAGACAUUCUCUUUUGGGAAACUGUGCUUCUCUUUAUUUAAUUUUUUAUUUUGCAAAAAUGAACAUAAUAAAACAAACAAUAAAAGAGUCGAAAGCCAGUCAUUUAAAACAAGAUGAGUAAAAAAACAAAUGCCAAGUUAGUGUGAUUUUUGUGUCGGAGACAGAAAGCGCCCCCCGCGGUUAGAAGAUGAACCGUCCAAACAUUGCUCCACAGUUAAUCCACCGCGUCCCCCCGCGUUGCUAGUGGCAACAGAUUCCAAACAAACCCAAAGAAACUCGGGGAAGCCCUCUCUACAGAGAGCCUGACCAAGUCUGCGAUAUUUAGACCAAUAGGCUCUCCUGUUUCAGGUAAAAUGAGCUCACCUUUGUCCAUGCUGAAGAAAACGAAGCGCACUCCACUGCAGGGCCAUCAGAAUGAAAAAUGGGACAGGCAGAAAGUGCCCUUCAGGAGGAAUCUGUUAAAAGAAUUUCAGGCAGAAUUGGCCGAUGACGAAUCCUGUGAUGGAAAUCCUCCCCAGACCUCGAACACUCCUGCCAACUCUGUCUCAACUUCUAAGUCAAACGCUGCCUUAAAGAAAGGUGCUCCUCCAAGCAACUUUGAGCUCAUGUCGGCCAUGAUGCAGCGUGUGACUCUGCUGGAGAAAAUAGUGAAGAGCCAAGCUCAGGAGCUUGAGCAGAAGAAUGAAAGGAUUUCUGUAUUGAGGGACAAACUGAGGCUUCUGAAGGAAUCAGAGAGCCCCCAUGAUAUUGAAAGUAGUUCAGCUGUUGAAAGAAGGUGCCAAAAACUACAGAAUCAAGUGUGUGAGAUGGAGAGCUUUCUGAGCGACUACGGUUUGAUCUGGGUGGGAGGUGAAGGCGAGCAGCCGCGUAACUCAGAAAGAGGCCUCUGGCAGCCAGACACCUCUGAGGCUAGGAUCUUCCACAUGAACUUUGAGCUCGUGCUGCAGAGGAUCAGGGAGCUAAACAUCCUGGCCGGGGAGGGAGAGUGUUUCGUUCAAUCGACUUCCACCGGGGCUCAGCUGGCAAAGAAGGAUCCUAUUCAACUGAGUCUGUACAAUAAUGGCAUUGUCAUGUUUCAGGGUCCUUUCCGCUCUUAUGAGGAGCAAAGCACACAGCAGUGCAUGCAGGAUCUGAUGGAUGGGUAUUUUCCAGCCGAGCUGCAGGAAAGAUUCCCAGAUGGUGUGCCCUUUGAGGUUCACGACAGGCGGCAUGAGGAAUUUAACUCCAGACUUCCGUGGAGUCAAUUUCCUGGAGAAGGACAAGCUGUUCUCGGGAAAAGAGAUGAAUCAGUGAAUGUCGUCAGCUCUCGGUUACCCGGCAAGAAGUUGAGCAUUGAUCAGUUCUUGAACAAACUACCGAAGGUGAUAGUGAAGGCAGGUCGUGUGAUUGAUGUCAGAGACUCACUGAGGACUACCCUACAGGGUUCAUCUGAUGCCCAGAGCAGCUCAAUGAUCCUCAUAGACACACCGGCACUGCAAGUCAUGAAAGAGAGAUUGCAGACAUUUAGCACGGACCGGCCUUUGUCUGCCCUCGAUGAUAUCACGCUCAAGGUGAAGACAGAAGAUGGGAAUCAUACUUACAUCUUGAAAAUGAGCUCCUCUGAAACGAUCGGCCACCUCCGGCAGUAUCUGGACAAUCACAGAGGGGUGCAUCUCCAUGGUUAUGACAUCAUCAGCGCAUACCCACAGAGCUGCUACGAUGACGACAGCAACACGCUCCAAUUGUGUGGACUCACGAGUAACGCUACUCUGCUGCUGCGGAAGAGGACAGGUCCUCCUUCACCGACUGAAGUCAAAUAAAACUAAACGAACGAUUAUGAAUGACCUGUACGAGAUUUGAGUUUAAAAACAGACUUUUUCUCAGGCGUUUAGUAUGAAUAAAACAGUGGUACGGUAUUGAUGAGCCAUUCAACAUGAUCUUCUAUCAACAUUACGACAAAUGAGAUUCUUUUCUGAGUGCCGGUACUCUCUGUUUUCUCUAAAUUCAAGAUGUACAGCUCUUUGUAAGGGACUCACUGGGAGCACUUUAUGUAAAAUGAGGAGGACUGCUGACUUGGUGGCCCCCUGUGACUGAAAGAUAAACAGAAACACUCA